AUGAGUAGCUCGUCGAUUCAGUUCCUUGGUUUUGGUUUGGCUUUCACUGGCUUCAUCGGGUUGAUAGCAUCUACUGCCAUGACUGAAUGGAAGGCAUCAUCUUAUGCAGGAGAAAACAUUGUGACAGCGCAAGCCACCUACGAAGGGCUGUGGAUGUCUUGUGUGUCUCAGAGUACCGGGAAUAUGCAUUGCAAAGCGUUCGACUCUCUUCUCCUGCAACCGAUGGAGUUGCAGCUCACCCGAGCCUUGAUGAUCACCAGUAUCCUACUCUCUGCCACUGCUGUCUUGGUGGCCUUGGUGGGAAUGAAGUGUACCACCUGCCUGGCAGAAGACUGGCAACAGAAGGCUAGGGUGGCAGUGGUCGGAGGAAUCCUCUUCGUUAUCGCAGGUUCGAGUUUGGCAAGGCCCUGUUCAUAG